GAUAAAGAUUUUUCAUAGCGCCCUCUCUUGUCAGGUUCAAUCAGGCACGUUGCGCCAUAAAAUUGUGAUGUAAACAAAAUCGGGAUGGAUUGAAAGAUGGCGGACGAUUUGAACAGCUACGGAAUUUCGUCGCUUAUGACGCUGAGUGUCAGAAAGUUCCUCAGCGUCCUCCCACACCACCUGUCAGACGUGGAGCGUCUGCCUCCCCACAUCAAGAACAAUCUGCUGCACCUGAUGAGCAAACGAGGCCUGGUGACAGACGUCAUCAUUGAUAAGGUAAUUAACAGUAGCACUAAGAUUCUCGACCUGGGAGAGUGUGACAUCACAGAUGAGGGUCUCCACAAACUGACCGUUUGCAAGAACCUCCGGAAGCUGGAUUUGAAUUCUGCCAAGGAGAGCAGAACGAUGGUUACUUCAAGAGGCCUUCAGGUUGUGGCCCAGUCUUGCCCCCUGCUGCAGGUGGCGUACCUCCGACGCUGUCUCAACGUCACAGAUGCUGGCAUAAUUGCACUUGCCCAGAACUGUCGGCAGCUGAUGGAGCUCAACAUCGGCGGCUGCCGUCAGAUCACGGAUGCCUCACUCGUUGCCGUUGGGCUAAGCUGCCGCAUGCUCAAAAGCUUCAACUUCUCCAAAUCGCAGGUGACAGACGAGGGAGUGAUCGCCCUGGCUAUGGGAGUCUGCAAGCAGUCUCUCAUGGAGGUCCACAUGGAUCACUGCAUCCACCUGACGGAUGAGGCCGUCGAGGCCGUGGUACAGUUCUGCCCGCGCAUUGCCAUCUUGCUGUUCCAUGGAUGCCCCUGCAUCACAGAUCGUUCCAGACAAGCCCUAGAGGAGAUCCAAGGCCAACAGUCGCACAUCAGGCAAGUAACAUGGACCAUCUACUAAAA